AUGUUAGUCUUUGAUCCAGCCACAUCGACCGAUCUCUCUACCGAUCUCUGGCACGAUGUUGCCUGUGCUUCUCCAGAAACGACACAGUUUAUUUGCAAAACUCCAGCGACAGAAGAAGAAAAAGUGUUCCUUACCUUUUCUGAGUUUCUAGAUCCAAUGGAGUCUUGUGGGCCAGGACUAUUCCAUUGUACCUCAGGGGAGUGCAUACAUGAUGUGUUCCUAUGUGAUGCUGCCGUCGAUUGCCAGGACUCAAGCGACGAAACCGAUUGCAACAAAGGUUGCGAUGAGAACCAAUUCGAGUGCAACGAUGAGUCGUGUAUAUCGGUGUCGUUUGUGUGCGAUACCAUUCCUGAUUGCAAGGACAAUUCAGAUGAAAAUAAUUGUGGCCAACAGGGCCAUUGGAGGAAGCAGUUCUGUAACUGA